GACCGCAGUGCGGCGGGCGCUAGGACCCGCGGGGGCCUCCCGGGCCGCCCAGCCUGCAGCUCCCCCCACCCAGCCCUCCACCCCAACCCCCCAAAAUGAGGAAACGGAGCAACUUGCUCCAAGUUGUACCUCCGGGGCCGCCUCGGGGUGCGCAGCCGGCGCGCGGGAGCCCUGCUCGGGGCGGGCGCGGGGCGCGGCCCGGGGGCGCCCCCUAAGCAGGUGGCCGUGCUGUGCGCGCCUGGGGCCACCCGCGCCCGCGCCCCGUGUGUUUUCUGUGUGUGAUCGUGUGUACAUGGAGCGGUAUGUGUGUGAGCCCCCGUUUCCUCCGUGACUGGCACCCUCCGCCCAUCACAGCCAGGAUGCCCACGCGGCGCUGGGCGCCGGGCACCCAGUGCAUCACCAAAUGUGAGCACACGCGGCCGAAGCCUGGGGAACUGGCCUUCCGCAAGGGGGACGUGGUCACCAUCCUGGAGGCCUGCGAGAGCAAGAGCUGGUACCGCGCCAAGCACCAUGAGAGCGGCCAGGAGGGGUUGCUGGCGGCCGGGGCGCUGCGGGAGCGCGAGGCCCUCUCGGCCGACCCGAAGCUCAGCCUCAUGCCCUGGUUCCACGGGAAGAUCUCGGGCCAGGAGGCCGUGCAGCUGCUGCAGCCCCCCGAGGACGGGCUGUUCCUGGUGCGCGAGUCGGCGCGGCACCCCGGCGACUACGUGCUGUGCGUCAGCUUCAGCCGCGACGUCAUCCACUACCGCGUGCUGUGCCGCGACGGCCACCUGACCAUCGACGAGACCGUCACCUUCAGUAACCUCAUGGAUAUGGUGGAGCAUUACAGCCGAGACCAGGGCGCCAUCUGCACCAAGCUUGCGAAACCCAAGAGGAUGCAGGGGACCAGGUCGGCCGAGGAGGAACUGGCCAAGGCCGGCUGGUUACUGAACCUGCAACAUUUGACCCUGGGAGCACAGAUCGGAGAAGGGGAGUUUGGAGCCGUCCUGCAGGGCGAGUACUUGGGCCAGAAGGUGGCAGUGAAGAACAUCAAGUGCGACGUGACGGCCCAGGCCUUCCUAGACGAGACCGCUGUCAUGACGAAGAUGCAGCAUAAGAACCUGGUGCGUCUCCUGGGUGUGAUUCUGCACCAGGGGCUCUACAUCGUGAUGGAGCACGUGAGCAAGGGUAACCUGGUGAACUUCCUGCGCACGCGGGGCCGUGCCCUGGUGAACACCCCCCAGCUUUUGCAGUUCUCCCUACACGUGGCGGAGGGCAUGGAGUACCUGGAGAGCAAGAAGCUGGUGCACCGGGACCUGGCGGCCCGCAACAUCCUGAUUUCUGAGGACCUGGUGGCCAAGGUCAGCGACUUCGGUCUGGCCAAGGCCGAGCGCAAGGGGCUGGACUCCAGCCGCCUGCCAGUCAAAUGGACGGCCCCGGAGGCGCUCAAACACGGGAAGUUCUCCAGCAAGUCGGAUGUCUGGAGUUUCGGGGUGCUGCUGUGGGAGGUCUUCUCAUACGGCCGAGCUCCUUAUCCUAAGAUGUCGCUAAAGGAGGUGUCGGAGGCCGUGGAGAAGGGGUACCGCAUGGAGCCCCCCGAGGGCUGCCCGGCGCCCGUGCACGCGCUCAUGGGCAGCUGCUGGGAGACCGAGCCCGCGCGCCGGCCGCCCUUCCGCAAACUGGUCGAGAAGCUGGCUCGGGAGCUCCGCAGCGCGGGCGCCCCGGCCCCCGCCGUCGGGGGGCAGGACCCCGAGGACGCCCCCUCGCCCCGCGGCCAGGAGCCCUGAUGCCUCUGACCGGGACCAGAGACCAAGGUGUGGGGCGGGCAGGGUCG